AUGCUGUUAGCGUGUCUUGACAACAACAACAACGACGACGACGACGACAAUAACGACAAAGACAACGACCAAGACAAUAACGACAAAGACAACGACAAAGACAACGACCAAGACGAUAACGAGAAAGACAACGACCAAGACAAUAAUGACAAAGACAACGACCAAGACAAUAACGACAAAGACAACGACCAAGACAAUAAUGACAAAGACAACGACCAAGACAAUAAUGACAAAGACAACGACCAAGACAAUAACGACAAAGACCAUGACGACAAAGACAACGACCAAGACAAUAACGACAAAGACAAUAACGACAAAGACAAUAACGACAAAGACAAUAACGACAAAGACAAUAACGACAAAGACAAUAACGGCAAGGACAAUAACGACAAGGACAAUAACGACAAGGACAAUAACGACAAGGACAAUAACGACCAAGACAGCGACCAACACAAUAACGACAAAGACAAUAACGACAAAGACGACAACGACAAAGACAAUAACGACAAAGACAAUAACGACAAAGACAAUAACGACAAAGACAAUAACGACAAAGACAACGACAAAGACAAUAACGACAAAGACAAUAAUGACAAGGAUAAUAACGACAAGGACAAUAACGACCAAGACAGCGACCAAGACAAUAACGACAAAGACGACAACGACCAAGACGACAACGACCAAGACGACAACGACCAAGACGACAACGACCAAGACGACAACGACCAAGACGACAACGACCAAGACGACAACGACAAAGACAAUAACGACAAAGACAAUAACGACAAAGACGACAAAGACGAUGACAAAGACAAUAACGACAAAGACAAUAACGACAAAGACAACGACCAAGACAAUAACGACAAAGACAAAGACAACUACAAC